CAAAAAAAGCAAAGCUGCAAGCAAAGGGACCAAAAAGGCUCAUCGCAAAACAAACAUGUAUCAAGACUUCCAUGUUCUAAACGGAAAACCCCAAAUCCGAAUGAAGCCUAAAUCAAACCCCCUUCCCAAAAAAAGAGUUUAAUGAAAAGAUGAAGCCCGAUCAUAACUAGCCAGGGGUUUGGGGAGACUUCCGGUGGAGCGAUUACCUCUCCGGUGGCUGUCCAACAAUAUCUCCCUACCAGGGGUUUGGGGAGACUUCCGGUGGUGCGAUUACCUGAUCUCCGGUGGCUGUCCAACAAUAUCUCCCUGGCUAGCGAAGACCCUUGAUCACCUUCGUAUUCAAGGACCACCGUGGUAACCAAGCUUUCAAGGAGAUCCAGGCAGGGUCCGGGGUCGAUUCAACACGUCCACGAUCGCAGCAGCGGAAUUAUUCAUUCUCUCUCAUCAGCUUCAGAGAUGGAGAAGAAUCCCUUUGUUCAAGCGGGAGCCUUGUCCACUGACUUGGGUGAGAUUCCGCAUGCCUCCCCGUUUCCUACUCCCUUUGAUCAAGCUGGAGCAAUUGAUGGUGGCGUGGAUCAAUUGAAGGAUUCUUGUCGUUUUAUUCCGCUAUGUCAAAUAUUAAAAGCGACUAAUGACUUUGACGAUGCAUUAGUUAUUGGAACUGGGGGAUUUGGUAAGGUAUACAAAGCGAACAUUGACGAUGGUGCUACAACCACCGUUGUUGCCAUAAAGCGGUUGAGUGCCGAGUCCAAGCAAGGUGCUGAAGAAUUUUGGACAGAGUUAAAGUUGCUUUCAAAGUUCCGGCAUGCUAAUCUCGUUUCCCUCAUCGGUUAUUGCGACGAGAAUCAGGAGAUGAUUAUUGUUUACGAAUAUAGAGCUGGGGGGACUCUCGCCAAUCAUCUUUACAAAACAAGUACUAGAGAAGAAAGCGGUGGAAGUAGAUCUCACCUAACAUGGGAGCAAAGGCUCAACAUUUGCCUUGACGCUGCAUAUGGACUCGACUACCUUCACAAUGGUACCUUACCAGGUAUCAUACACCGAGACGUGAAGAGCACAAACAUUUUGUUGGACGAGAAUUUGGUAGCAAAGAUUUCCGAUUUUGGAAUAUCCAAAUGCAUGACUACCUAUUCAACAACCCAUGUUAGCACAGAUGUCAAAGGAACGUUUGGAUAUUUGGAUCCAGAUUACUUCCUCACCUGUCGACUAACCAAGAAAUCUGAUGUUUAUGCCUUCGGCGUGGUGUUGUUGGAAGUCUUGUGUGGUCGGCCAGCGAUAGAUACAAGACUCGACGAGAAGCAAAUUAAUCUAGUUAUUUGGGCAAAAAUGAUAAUCAAAAAGGGAAAGCUUGACAGAAUCAUUGAUCCCUCUCUGAAUGGAGACAUAACACCACAUAGUCUUGAGUACUUUGCCGAACUUGCCAACAAGUGUUUACAUAAUCAAUCAAAGAAAAGGCCGACAAUUGCUGAAGUAGUGGAGAGCCUUGAGAUUGCAUUGGUGUCUCAUAUGCGUAAGGCAAAGGGGUGGAAGUCGCUACGAGGAGGAGGGCCUAUAGCCUUAUCAUCAAGUGAAUUUGCUUCUGCAAACAACAAAGCACAGUGUGUCGGACAAGAUAAAAGCAGCUCUGCUGUCUCUGAUUUUAAGAAGAAAAGAACACGAGAACAAGAAGACUGCGAAGAGAUAAAUACGAGUAUUACUUUAGAUGAUCUUCGACAACAUUAUGGCCGUAAACGUGGAGAUGCUGCAGAGAGCCUUGGCGUUAGUGUAUCCACGCUUAAACGCAUUUGUAGGCGGUUCGGGAUCCAGCGGUGGCCAAAUAUUAUCAGAAGAAAAAAAGCUGGGAGACCUCCUGAUCAAUAUGGAGAAAAGAAUCCAUCACCGACAUGGAAGAUGCUGUCAACUAAUGGGCAGACCGAGAUGGGAAAUCAAAUGGUUGGUCACCUUGAGGAGACGAAUGAAUUUCUCCGGGAUUUUGUUGAAGGCCCAAACGGAGGGGUUUCCUCUGAGUGGGCAUUUCAACAAAACAAUCAAUGGACGGUGUCCACCUCUUAUCCAAAUUGCAAUGGUUCUGAGGUUCCACACCCUCAUAUAGCAUCAACACAGAUCUUAGGUGAGAAUAUGGAAAGUUUAGGAGAAAAGAGAAAUUCUUUUGGUUCACUGGAAGAGCAUCUUCUGCAAGGACAUAUCUCUGGAUCUAUGUGGACAGUCCCUCCAUGUUCAGAUCCAGCUUCGAGCCAACACAUGCCUACUAUUACCCCCACAAUGGGAAGUUCAGAAGAUCAAAUAAAUUCGCUAGCUUUCCUAGAAGAUGUUUUUCUAGAGGAAGAUGUCUCUAGAUCUAAUAGGUGGACAAUCCCUACAUGUUUUGAACCAGCUCCGAGCGAACUCAUGCCUACUGUUCCCCAGACAACAGGAAUUUCAGAUGAUUUGAGAAAUUUGUUACCUUCAGUGGAAGAGUCUUUUCCGGCGGGACGUGUCACUGGAUUUAUUAACCCAACCGUCCCUUCAUGUUCAUAUCCAGCUCCGAGCCAACCCAUGUCUAUUGUUCCCCACACAACGGGAAGUUCUUUUUGGGCUGGACAUGUCUCUGAAUCUAUUAACUUGACAGUCCCUUCAUGUUCUGAUCCAGCUCCAAGCCAAUCCAUGCCUACAAAUCCUCGCAUCAUGCCUCUUCUUACAGAAAGGCAAGAUAUGAGGUCCGUGAACCUAAAGGCGACGUAUGGGGAUACCACAAUAAAAUUUCAAUUCCCUCUCACAUCUGGAAUUAAUGAAUUGAAGGAAGAAGUGUCAAAGAUACUGGAGUGCAAGCUUGGUAGUUUCAACAUUGAGUAUAAGGAUGAGGAUGGGGACUGGAUUUUAAUGGCCCGUGACGAGAAUGUUAGGGAAUAUCUGCGACUUCUCACCUCAUUGGGAAAUCAAGUAACCAAACUAAAGGUUCGUGAUAAGGUUUCCAAUACCACGAAUUUUUGAGAUAGCUGCAGAUGUGAUAAUUGCAGGUCAUUGAAGAGGAAAAGACCAUAAGGAUGUUCAGUUGUAGAAUAAUAUUACAUGGUUGAUACCAGUUCCAUGUUCUUUGUGCAGCAAGACAUCUCCUUGCCAAUUUUUCCUCUGCUAAACCAGAAUAUUGUUGGGGUUUCUUUUUAUCAUCCUGACAUCUUCUGAUGCUGGGAUUAUUUGUGUUGGCCAUCGUUGUUAGAUCAUGUGUGUGUGCAUGGUGAGGAUGAUGAGAUUUUGGGGACCAUGGGCCUUUACAAAAGUUGUCAUAGGCGCGAGGCGCAUCAAGGCACAGGCAAGGGUGGAGGGUUAGCGCUUUGAUUGAGAUAUAAAGCGCAGCUAAGGCACGCCCUGGCGAGAAAAGGAGCGCCUCUUUCAAUAUGGCACUACUCGCAAAGCAAGGGUGGAACUUAUUUCACGAGAAUCCUCUCUUUUCCAAAGUAUUUUCAAAGGCCCGCUACUUCCCAAAUACAUCUUUCUGGCAUGCACUGGUUAGUAAUCAAUCUUCUUGAGCUCGGAAGAGUAUAGCUUGGGCACCGGAAUUAAUCAACAAGGGAUGGCGUUGGCAAGUUCGUUCGGGAGAAGAGAUGCGAAUCUGGGAUGAUCCUUGGCUGCCCAAUGAUCUCUCUUUCAAGGUUAACAGCAAUGUCUCAGCAAUACGGUGAGAAAAAAUGGAUGAGAGAAGGUUUCUGACCUUAUCGACUCCACUACGAAAACAUAGAAGCAUUCUUUGAUCACUCCACUACAAAAACUUAGAAGCAGUCUUUGAUCAGAGACACUUUUAAUCAAGAAGAUGCUGAUUCCAUUCUUUCGAUUCCGAUUAGCUCUACUCAGGCGCGAUCGUAAAAUUUGGCACUUUUCUUCAAACGGAUUAUUCACAGUCAAGUCAGCCUAUCACUUGGAAAAAGGGGGUUACGGUGUAUUGCGAAUGCCCAAGCAGCUCAAACAAGUUCGUCCAAGUAUGGAAAAAAUUGUGGGGCCUGAAUAUUCAUCCAAAAAUUAAAUUGUUCGCUUGGAAGUGCUUUAACGGUGCGGUGGCAACAAAACCGGCUUUGGUGUCGAGAAAGAUCAAAACUGACCCAACUUGUAAUCUUUGCGGCAAAGGGGAGGAGUCCAUCACUCAUCUCCUUUUUCAGUGUGGAUUUACUAUUAGAGUGUGGAUUCUUUCGCCUUUCCGUUUAAGUCCAGAGGAGCUCAUGGAAUUUCAAUAUUUGACCGACUGGUGGGAAUGUAUCCAGGACCGUGUUACCCAAGGACUUCUUCCCUCAUCUUCUUUUGGGUUGGGCCUGGUUUAUUGGUGGUGGAUUUGGAGAAUGAGAAA